UUUGGAGGGAACAACGAACAACAGACACUGAAAAGGCUUCGAAGUUGAUGAAAUUUUAGGUUAAAAACCUCAGUUUGGACUUCAGAUACUUGAAGUAGAAAUUCGUGAGGUGAACAGCAUGGCCAAGAUAUCUUUGUUGAACAUAUUUGAUGAUUUAGUUCGCACAUCAGACGUCCUGACGGCCGGUAUUGAGAAAGGUAAUGUCCUUGCUUCGAUGGUCUGCAUGUUUGAAAAGCUUUGGAUAAGGGAUUUUGUCUUAGAAUGAUAUAAACAUUUCUUCGCUUGACAUAAACAUUUACUUUGCUUGCGAUUACCAUUUGUCUUGUUUUCUAAAUAAUUGGAGGGAUUGUCCAUGUUCAAAUCGAUUCACUAAUCACUAUCAAUCAAUCUCAAUUCGCUAUUCGCAAGCUGGUCGUUUCAGUACAUAUUUUUUCUUUUAGAAUUUAUAGCGUUUGUUUCACAUCAAGAAAAUUGUCGUCAACAGUGGUGUUUAGAGCAAGAUGAACUUACAAAACUAAGGAAAGAAAACGCCAAAUUAAAGGUAAGUACUUUUAUGAAAAGUUGAAUUAAUAUGAAAAUCAUGUCUAAGCUGACUAUUGUCUAUUGAACACAUAAAAACAUGCUCAAUAUUGCUG